AUGGCAUCAAUUUCGGGCUUCAUUGGUGGAGUGGCAGGAAACCCGGCCGAUGUGCUGAAUGUACGAAUGCAGGGAGAUGCUGCUCUUCCUCCUGCGCAACGACGUAAUUAUCAGCAUGCUAUUCACGGACUCGUGCAUAUGACUCGCACUGAAGGGGCUGGCAGUCUGUUCCGUGGGAUCUGGCCGAAUUGCACACGUGCGGUACUCAUGACGGCGUCGCAAUUCGCAACAUACGACACGUUUAAGGGGUUAUGCAUUGGAAAGGCCGGGAUGACUGACAAUAUAUAUACGCAUAUUACGGCCUCGGUUAUGGCUGGGUUCGUCGCAACAACAGUCUGCAGCCCCGUGGAUGUCAUCAAGACUCGAGUUAUGAGUGCAUCUCCAGCCGAAUCACAUCGGCAGAGCUUGCCGGGACUCCUUCGUAGUAUAUAUUGCAAAGAAGGCUUCACUUGGAUUUUCCGCGGCUGGAAGAACAUAAAAAGAUCUAUCGGUACCGAAGAAGCACUCCGGAUAAUGGCCGCUGAAUAA